CAAGUUUCUCCAAGUGGACAUCAUUUCCGAGAUUCCAUUGGAUUCUCGUUUGAUAUGCGAGGAAGAGCUGAGGAAGCCUCCAGCAGCUGCCACAGAAGCUGCUCAAAGACAGCAGACACGAGCGGUUGCCAUCUGCCAUCCAUCAUCCAUCAAAACAAGCAUCCAUUUGCAAGCAGCCCACCAUACUAAUAUCGAUAGAGCCCCACAAUCUUGGCAGCUUAUCUUCUCUCUUCUUCUUUCCUCUUAUUACUUGAGAACACCUUGUUACGGUGGAACAAACAAAGAAGAAUAAGAUCAACCAUCUAGGCCGCAGCCAUCAAGCCUCUCUCUCUCCCUUGUCUUGUCUGAUUCGAUUCACAAUCAGUACCUCUUGUGAAGGAUACACCCCCCCUUGCGUACCUGCCCUUGCUACCACCUUUUCUACCGUUUCUCUCCUAUUGCAAUCAUCUAUCUAAUCCACCAUGUGUCCCUUCAGUCAACAGUCGGCUCAGGCCGCCGCCACUCCCUCUACAACCACCGAAGCAACGUCUGCGUCUCCACCGAGCAGUCCUACUAAUGCUGCUGCUGCUGCUUCGAUUCCUACGACGAGUAAUUGGGACGCUGCCUUGUCCAGUGCUGUCUUGGACAGUGUGAUUGAUCCCACCAUGGUGAUUGGAGAAGACGGGAUCAUUGUCUAUUUCAACAUUGCCGCGUGUCAAGCCUUUGGCAUGACGACGGCACAAGCCAUUGGCAGCAACGUGACGGUCCUCAUGGCCGACGAGAAACACGCCCAACAACACGGCGAAUACUUGAAGAAUUAUCAACAAACGGGCCAAAAGAAAAUGAUUGGUCGGAAUCGCGUCGUCACGUGCAAACGAUUUGAUGACACCGGUGCGACGUGGAAUGCGUCGCUCAGUAUUUCCGAAGUAAUGCUCGAAAACAAACGAUUCUUUGUCGGUGCACUACGAGAUGUCACGGAGAGUGUGGAAAAACAACAAUUGUUUUCCUCUGUCAUUGAUGAAGCCAUUGAUGCCAUUUUCACCAUUAACGAACGCGGCAUUAUUACCCUCGUCAAUCGCAGUGCCUGUCAAAUGUUUGGCUACACGGAAAAUGAAUUAGUGCAGAGCAAUGUCUCCAUUCUCAUGCCGGAACCGCAUCGAUCCGCGCACGACAGUUACAUUCGCAAUCAUAUCAGUACGGGCGUGCAGAAAAUGAUUGGGACCGAUCGCACCGUCACGGCCCAACGCAAAGAUGGAUCGCAAUUCCAAUGUCGCUUGGGAUUGUCCAAAUUGCAGACCAAUGGAGGUAAAGUCGCCUUUGUCGGACUGCUGCAUGAUUUGACCCACGAAUUGGCCGCGCGGCAAGCCGAUGCCAGAGCCGAACUCGCCGACAAGAUGCGCAAACAAAAGGCACUCUUUCUUGCCAGCAUGUCCCAUGAAAUUCGAACUCCCUUGAAUGGCAUUUUUGGAAUGCUCGAAUUGCUUCGAUCCACCGAAUUGGAUGAAGUUCAGACCGAAUGGUUGGCCACGUGCAGUCGCAGUGCCCAAUCACUCACUACCAUUCUAGAUGAUAUUCUACUCUUUAGUCGAGCCGAUGGAGGUGGAAUUACACUGGAGCGAUUGACGUUCAAUGUCAGAGAUACCAUUGAAGAUGCCGUUACCGUGUUGGCAUCGCAGACCAAUGACAAGGCCGUCGAUUUGGUCUAUACCGUCUCACGAUCGGUACCCGAUUUCCUCAUUGGAGAUCCCACGCGAUUGCGGCAAGUCAUGCUCAUCUUUUUGAGCAAUGCCUUGAAAUUCACACAAGUGGGACAUGUCGCACUCGAAGUCAGUCUCGAUGGUGUCGAUGACGACGACUCGUCGUCGGAUGAUGACGAAGAAGAUGAGGAAGAUGAAGACGAUGGCAAGGUUCGUCCUCGGGACGAUGGGAAAAUCAAACUCAAAUUUGAAGUUUCCGAUACCGGGAUUGGUAUGACCAAGAAACAAUUGAAAAAGUUGUUCCAGCCAUUUACGCAGGCCGAUGAGUCGACCACCAGGCAGUACGGAGGGACAGGUCUGGGCCUUUCCAUUGCGAAAAAGCUGGUCAACCUCAUGGAGGGAGACAUCAACGUGGAAUCCAGAUCCAAUCGGGGAUCCACCUUUGCUUUUACCGCGCUUGUGGAACAGGACCCCGACGGUUCUACUGCUUCCGACCUGACCGAUAAGAUCCCCGAGGCCGACUUGGAGCUCUUGAAGGGAACUCAUAUCUUGUCGAUUGAUGACAAUGCCGUCAAUACGCAUUAUCUCGUCAACUUGCUCAAAUUGUUGGGCUGCGAUGUCACCGGAGCUCGAUCUGGCGUUGACGGUAUCGAAUUGGCCAAGUUGGCUGCUCUACGGGAAGACCCUUACGAGAUUUUAUUGCUCGACUUUGCCAUGCCUGGUAUGAGCGGAUUGGAGGUGGCAGAGUUCAUGGCCAACUCGGCCAGCAUUGCCGCUACCCAUUUGAGAGUGAUCAUGUUGGGAUCCAUUGACGUGCAUCGCAACAUUGUAGCCUCUACCUAUGUUCAUGGCUUUACCACCAAGCCCAUUCGACGAUUGCCCUUGAUUCGAAUGAUUGUCGAGCAACUCAAGAUCAAACGGGGUAUGCUGAGCAGACCCAUUACGAAGGGUCCCGUGGCCUUGAGGGAUGAGUCGCCUACUCCUCGAGCACCUCAUCCCGUCACAAUGGCGGCACAAGAAAAGACCAUGGACGGUGCUAUCGAGCGAAAAACAUUCAAUGGCGCCCUCGGAGCCAGCAGGCCAAACCCAAUCAACAUUUUGCAUGUCGAAGAUAACUUGAUCAAUCAAAAGGUGAUUGUCUCCAUCCUGUCUCAGUGGAAGUGCAAUGUCACGACAGCAUUGAAUGGUCUCUCCGGAUUCGAGGAACGAGUUUCGAAUCAAGGAGGAAAGGGAUUCGACUUGGUGCUCUGUGACUUGCACAUGCCCUCGUGUGAUGGGUUCCAAUGCGUCAAAAUGAUUCGAGAAUGGGAAGAGAAGAAUGGAGUGAAGCCCAUUGAUAUCUGUGCCGUCACGGCAGACGCAAGUCCAGAGACUCGAGACCGCUGCUUGGCGCCAGAGGGCGGCUUCAAUGAGUUCAUGGCCAAACCUCUGCGCAAGAAUGAACUCAAGGAAAUGAUUGUCAAGAUGUGCGGACCCGGUCGGUUCGAACCGGGCACUCCAAACAAUCCCGUUCGUCGUGGCUCUGGAAAAGGCGCCGACAGCUCGUCCCAAUCCUCCACCACCGCGUCCACGGCCACACAGGCUGGUCCAACGCAUGUCUUGGUGGUAGAUGAUACGCCAACCAUGCGACUUUUGCUGCGCACUCUUUUGACCGGAAUGGGUUGCCGCGUGUCCGAAGCUUCUUCUGGAGAAAGUGCAGUGGAAAUCGUCCGCACAUCCGUUUCCGAUCCACACGAACGAGUCGAGAUGGUGUUCUGCGAUAUGCGCAUGCCUCCUGGCAUCAACGGUAUCGAGACCGCUCGCCGCAUGAAGUCGAUUUCUGGAACCGAGAGUUUGCCCAUUAUCGGCAUGACGGCUGAUGAUGUGUCCCAUGUGGCGUUGAAAGAAGCCAGAGAUGUCGGCAUGGUUUCUCUGAUUUCCAAGCCCCUGGGGCGAACCCAAUUGUCGUCCUAUUUGGCAGAGCAUACAUCCACUGUGUCGCUUUUACACGAGCGUCUGCACACGGACGAAACCAGCAGCGAGGAGAGUGACGGCGACAACGAUAAUGAUGAAGGUGUCUUUGACAAAGAAACAGCCUUGGAAAACUGCGGUAACGACUCUGAUUUGUUGGGAACUUUGCUGGCGGACAUGGUGAAGGAUCUCAAGACCCGUCAAGACAAAGUCGCCAUUUCAAUUCAACGCAAGGAUUUUGGACGUGUUGCCGAAGUGGCCCACGACAUCAAGGGAAUCACAGCAAUCUGCGGUUUUCAGCGGCUCGCAAAGGCUGCUUGUAAACUGCAGAACCGUGCUUCGCAAGGAGAUUACAUUGCAGUGAGGAAGGAUGGUCAGAUUCUGCAGGAUGAGAUUUCCCGUGCUUGCAGGGUUGCCCGUGAGACUCUUGAAGCGUAGCUACAAUGCUAGACAAUGACAACAAGACCAUCAUCAUCAUUGGCAACAUGAGAUGCAAGUCAUCGUUGCUUUUGAUGCAACACACGUUCACGCUUGACGAUUGAAUCAUUCUUUGCUUCCAUUGAUGCUACACACUUCCACGCUUGGCGACGAUUGAAUCGAAUCAUUCGUUCCUUCCAUUGUACAAUCCGCAAUGCCUUGCUUUCAUUUUCUCGACAUUGCAUUUUUAUAAAAAGAUAACCUUGUUCAUUUUGAAAGAGCUGGCACGAGUAGUUCUGUAUUUUGUUCUUGCUCUCUAGCUAGCUAGGUAGUUAGUGGUUGUUCAAUGUUGGGUCCUUAGUUCGUUCUCGAGGUUUGUCAUCGAUACCGGUACCGGUACUAUGCAUAGAUCGAAUCAUUCGUGGAGUUGGAGGUCUCGGAGUGUUGUCUGGCAACGAUGGAAUGUCACCCAUUGCAGAGUCUGAAGGAAGCGUGGGCUGUGGCUGGCAAUGGGGCCCGAGCGAGAAGGGCCAUCAGACGGAUGGGUGUCUGUACCGUACGGUAGCUGGUAGCUACCGUACCUAUCCACAAGAAAGGGCUUCCGCAGCUUGCUUCAUUGAUGAUCCCAAAGCCUACCAGUACUACAAGUAGCUAGCUAGCUAGCCCUCUACAACUGUUUUAGAAUUCCUCUUGUGACUUGGAUUGACGGAAGGGUCAGAGAGGCGGCAUGCAUGAUUGAACCCAAAAGCCUGUCUGCCAGCCAGUCUUGGGGGAAUAACUCGGACAGCCGUACUCUACGAUUGAAAUAGAGAGAGAGUUAGAGUGUGAGACCAGCGCUGCGCUCCAGCACCGGCGGCAGAACGAUUUGUGCCGGCAUCCUCAACCCUCAAUCGCCCAAAAAGGAACCUCGUCAUGGCUAAAAAAAUUUACAAAAGCAUUCCCCAUGACUCCCAGACCACGAAAGUGCAUAGAUUAGCUGUCCGUACAAUAGGAAUUCCAUUUGAUUUGUAAGUACGUUUAGUAAAAUGUAAUCCAGUUUGCUAGACGAUGUGUAAAAGUUGGGAA